UGCAGGCAUUUAUGAAAAGGUGCCCUGAGACAAGUUAAAGCAGUUUCACGGAGGACUGUAAGACACAUUUAAUAGCAGCAGAUAUACUGAAUGUGAGCCAUGAAUAAAUGGAAUAUUUCUUACAGUGGUUUUUUGGACAAACAACAGAUUGAUGUUCUCUCUAUAUUGUACAUAGUGUUGCUCUCUCUCAGUGUAACUGGGAGUUUUUCAGUCUUGCUGGUUUCGAUAGUAAGAUGGAGACAUCUAAGAGGGCAGGUGCACCUCCUGGUGCAGCUUGCUCUGGCGGACCUGCUGGCUGCUGUCAUCCUGUUGUAUACCAAUGUCGUGAACAUCAUGAAAGUUCAUCCUGACACGAAUGCUACCGACUGCCUAUACCGCCUGCCGCUGUCACUGACAUUUUAUUUCAUUUCAUUCUUGUUGGCAAUCAUUUACGCCUGGAAGUCUAAGAAUGCUAUCCAGGGGUGGAGGGAAAGAGCAGCAGAUGAUGAAGAUGAAUAUACUCAGUGUAGGAGACAAAUCACAGCAAUUCCUAUCUAUGCCUUUGCGUGGUUGAUCCCACUUGCAGUUUACUUUGCUUAUGUAUGCACACAGUUAAUAAUACCUGCCAUAUUAGUUCCUACUAAUGACGGAUCACAGGAUGACACCUCAUACUGCAGCAGCUGUAUUUUGUUCUUGCAUGUCUGGAAGGAUCCUUGCAUCGGAUCAGAUAUAUACCACGAUACUUUCAUCAGAAUCUUCCUUGUCAUUGCAGUGAUAACAGUGAUGUUUUCUUGCACUGUUAUUUAUUUCAAAGUUGGAAAGUGGUAUGAAAAGUACAUGCAUGAUGGGCUCUUCCCUGUGGAGGGAGAUGGGCAUUCAAGAAGGCAAUUCAAAAGAGUGUUUUCGACAGCACGAAAUAUAGUUCUGGUCAUAUUAUUCUGUUGGGCACCAGCUCUUCUCCUCCUUUUGCUGUCCCUCUUGAUGAUCUGGGCGAAAGUUCAACAAAAGAGCUUCUAUGGACUUUAUGUGAUGCAGGCUGCCACUGUGUCCCUCCAAGGAUUCCUAAACAGCAUGGUUUAUGCCUGGAGACGACCUAACUUCACAGAGGCUGUUCUCGGGGAGAACACACCCCUGCUGAGAUAUGACCGCAAGGCCUUCUUUGAGGAAUCUCUACGACGCUAACACACCAAUUGCACAAAGGGGUAUUGUUAUACUGUAAUAUGCUGUACUGAUCUCAAGAGGAAAUACUGGACACUUUAUGACAUUAUGACUGUAUUGACUGAAACUGAAUUUGUGGACUGAAAAUUUUAAAAUUAAGGUUGUUAUUAUUUUGCUGCUUGUGUAGAACUGUAUAGACAUAGACAUUUAAUAAUAAAAAAAAUAUUAACUUAAGUAUACUGUAUAUUGCUUUCUUUGAAGUGUUUUGUUAUUGUUCUCAUCUUGGUGUAUCUAUCAUUUUGUAUUUAUUCAUUUUGACCAUUGAUAUACUUCUAUGACCAACCAUUUUGUAACUGACUUGUGAUGUUUCACUCUGCUUUCGUCAUUAAAGAGACCCUAUAUAAA